CACACAAACACACCACUUCUAGUCAGACCCCCGGCCACUCGCUUCUCUUCUACCCCAGCAUCUCACAUCAUCAUGAAGGCCCUUAUUCUCGUCGGCGGUUUCGGAACACGUCUGCGGCCCUUGACAUUGACCCUGCCAAAGCCUCUUGUCGAGUUUGGCAACAAGCCCAUGAUCUUGCAUCAGGUAGAGGCGCUCGCUGAAGCCGGUGUCACAGAUAUCGUGCUCGCUGUCAAUUACCGCCCAGAGAUCAUGGUCGCUGCCCUUAAGCAGUACGAAGAGCUCUACAACAUCAAAAUCACAUUCAGCGUCGAGACAGAGCCCCUCGGCACAGCGGGUCCGUUGAAGUUGGCUGGCGAGAUCUUGGGCAAGGAUGACUCGCCUUUCUUUGUCCUCAACUCGGAUGUUAUUUGCGACUAUCCCUUCAAACAGCUGGUGGACUUCCACAAGUCUCACGGCGCAGAGGGUACGAUCAUCGUGACCAAGGUGGAUGAGCCGAGCAAGUACGGUGUUGUUGUGCACAAGGCCAACUCAACAGUCAUUGACCGCUUCGUUGAGAAGCCAGUCGAGUUUGUGGGCAACCGCAUCAAUGCCGGCAUCUACAUCUUCAAUCCGACCAUCCUCAACCGCAUCGAACUCAAGCCUACCUCGAUCGAGAAGGAGACGUUCCCCGCCAUGGUUGCUGAUGGGCAACUCCACACAUUUGAUCUUGAAGGCUUCUGGAUGGAUGUUGGUCAACCCAAGGACUUCUUGUCUGGUACAUGUCUUUACCUCACCUCGCUAGCUCGUCGGUCAGCAGACAAGUUGUCCAAGGAAUCCUUCGUCUAUGGCGGCAACGUCCUGGUUGAUCCUUCCGCCAAGAUUGGCAAGAACUGCAGAAUUGGACCCAACGUCGUGAUUGGACCCAAUGUUCGCAUUGGCGAUGGCGUUCGGUUGCAGCGAUGUGUCUUGCUCGAUGGCUCAACUGUCAAGGAUCACGCUUGGGUCAAAUCUUCUAUUAUUGGAUGGCACUCUGUCUUGGGUCGUUGGAGCCGGCUAGAGAAUAUCUGUGUGCUCGGUGACGAUGUCACAGUCAAAGACGAGGUCUACAUGAACGGCUCGAGCGUGCUGCCUCACAAGACCAUCGGCGCUAACGUCGAGACCCCUCAAAUCAUCAUGUGA